AUGCUAGAGCUCAUCCUGACUUCACGUUUCCUCCACACUACUUGCAACUUCCCCACAACCACAACAACAACCACGCCGCCAAACAUGAUGUCAGACGACUCUUCCGAAUUAUCGUCCGUCCCAUCGGAGGAUGAGACUGAUCUUCAAUUGACUAAGAAGGAUGGGAUACUCAAAUUCUUUUCCAAAGCCCCGCGCCCUUCAGCAAAGCCCACUAUCGAGGCUUCACCUUCGCGUUCACCUUCACCACCCCGACCAAAACGUGCCCCUUCACCACCGCAUGAAUAUGUUCUCGCAGAUAACCCAGAUAUCGCAUUCAUCAUCAUGUUCCGCUCGCGCUUCACGGAAGCUUUCCCAAAAUCACUUGCACAUUUCGGCCCCCAAGAACUCGAACGCGAUGUGGUAGAUACGGUCCCGGGAGAACAUGGAGAGCAUUUCCUUUGCGCAUUAUUGGGGUUGCUGCUCAAUCGAAAGCAGGAUGUUAAAGCCGGACAUUAUAAUCGUGCAUUGGAGGAAGCUAUAGCGACACAUAAAUCACAAUGGGCGAAGGACUGGGAGAGCAAGAACCCGCUAUCAGGAGGCGCCACUUUUGCUUCAAUGUCGCCAACUCAACGGCUCACCCUCCUACGUACACUUAUUUUAUGGUCCCUCUCGUCAUCCGAUGCCAUCAAGGGUAUAAUCAACGCUUCCUACAAACAGAGCCGGCAUGAGGACGAUCUCAAUCAACCAUUAUCUGUACAGCCAUGGGGCUCAGAUGGGUCUCGACGGCGGUACUAUCUGAUUGAGGGCCUUGAUGAUACGCAUUUCAGGGUAUAUAGGGAGAGCUGUCACAUUAGCGGCGAGCGGACUUGGUGGAGUGUUGCAGGUGAUAUAAACGAACUGAAACAACUGGCAGAGAAGUUGGCAAAUGAAGACGGUGGCCAAAAGGCACGUCUUUUGAGUUCCAAAAUGAUGGCUGCAAUCCCACGAUUCGAGGCAACAGAAGAGAAACGCAAGCGACGGGAAUACCGACAAACUCGCAAACAACAAUUCAAGCGCCCAGAGCCUGGCUUUUCGUUGUAUGAGGGCCGAACACGGGGGAAGCGGAUCAAGUAUACCUACUCUGACGAGGAAGACGAGGAGUCCACCGACGCAACUACAAGCCGCCGGUCAACCCGUAAUACCGGUACUCACACUCCCUCUGAAGGCCUUGGUGUCCCCACAGUUACCCAAAGUGGUCGCCAGGUAAAGGCUCGACAGGGUGGUACUUAUGGGGAAACUGUUCUAAGCGGCACCACGGCCACUGCAGGAGCUGAUGGCGCUAAUGAUUAUUUUGAAGAUGAGGACGAUGUCAAUGGACGACCUCGGAGAGCGGCGGCCGUUGCCAACGACCGGAAACCAAAAGGGGGCCGCCACAUUGAAGGAUAUAACAAUGUCGACGAAAUGACUAGUGAGGACGAGGAUGACGCGAGCGAGCACGAUUAUGGUGAUGAUGAAGACGAGGAAGACAAUAUCUCGUUUGCAAGUGAUGCCGAUGGCCAGGACGAGCUCUCUGAUGAUGAUGACGAAAUGGAGGGUGGGAUAAAGGAAGCUCAUGGGAAUGGGCUUCUGGCCAAACUCCCGGUCAAGACGCCGACCCCAGAAAAGAAAACAUUUAUCAAACUUCAUGUAUCCCCGGAGAAAGAUAGGUCUUCAAAAGCCCCCAGUCCGGCCCAACCAUCAGAGUUGUCUUCGACGAACAAUUUAGCAAAAGCACCAUCUGUAUCUGAAGAUGCUACCAAGCCUAUCGACAUCCAACCAAAGUCUCCUAGAGCGCCUCAAGCCCCUUUAUCUCCCAGGUCGCCAUUAGCCUUCCGCGGGAGUCCAGAAAAGCCUCCAGCUUUCACUCCUUCGAUAAAUGUCGGUUAA